UUUCUCAUAGUCUCUGUGGGAUUUUCUCAGACAAUGAGUUGUUAGAUUUCCCUCUUUAUCUUUAUUUAUACACCAAGCCUUUUAUAAGCUCUGGUUUGUACUGUGAGAACAUAUAUACAAUAACUUGUAUAAUUUACCAUUAUUUCUGUGCUGGUGAACCAAAAAGCUCGAUAGCUGAUUGAUGUUUGAUUGUGAUAUCUGAAUUAUAAACAAUUUUGCCGAUUACAAUCAUAUUGGUCAAGAAUAUUUAUACAAACCGCCAUUGUUAAAUUGAUCUAUACUUAGUUGCUGUGUCAGCCAGAGAUCUGCCAUAUAAUAUUCAAAACUCUAAGCAUGGCCGUAUGGUAGGAGUGUCCAAAAAAGUACCCCAACCACACCCAUUGGUGCCCUACAAUUUUAAAUGAAGUCGAUAGUUCCCAAAGACUGAAGGAGAUAAGCAAGCAAGCAGAGAACCAGUACACUCUCAUUCUCAAGCCGUCCCCCAUGAUCUGUGCAGUGGUGUGAAUCUACUCACCUGAUAAAACAAGAUACUCAGUACAUCACUUACAGAUGGAGAACUCAUCUGAGCAGUCUCGUUGGGUGUCCCCCAGCCUGACCAGUCCCGACCUAUUAGCAAACUACACCACAGAGCCUGGUUUACUGCCACCCGGUGAAGAUGAUGAGCCCUUCUACUCCAGCUCUGAGGCUGACUUACUCCCGUCUUAUUAUUCCAGUAAUGCCCAGAGCCGAGCCUCGUCAUCUUACAGACACAGUCCAGUUCGCCAAGUCUACUCCUCUCCAUCUAUUCUGGGAAACAUCCAGUGGCUGGACAACUCUGCAGGUCACUCUCUAAACUCUUCCUAUAACCCCACUUCCACUGUCUGGGCAAGCAGCCCAUUCACAAAGACGCCUCUCCACCCUCACACCUCCACGUCCAUCUACCCGAACAGUGCGACCCCAUCUUUCACAUCCCCCAAAGAGGGUUUCCCUUCCCCGAGUCGUGACGGGAAGGAAAGUCCCAGGCUCCAGGAAGUCCUGAAAGCCGAGCGCCUGAGUCCCAUGGGUGGAGGGGGAAGCAGCUUUCUCAAUCUGAGUUCAGCUGCUGGAGGUGUGUAUGGUCCUUCCCCACACAUGCUGAGUCCAUACGGAUCGUACAUGACCACGUCACAGGACUAUAGUUCAGCGGCACUCUAUUCCAGCGCUGGACCCUGGAUGAGCCCUUCGUCAUACUCACCCAAACUUCGCAACAAGAUGAGACUUUCGCCACCAGAGGCUCGUGAAUGUGUAAAUUGUGGUGCCACUGCCACCCCUCUGUGGCGUCGAGAUGGGACGGGCCACUACCUCUGUAAUGCUUGUGGACUGUACCAUAAGAUGAAUGGCCAGAACAGACCCCUCAUCAGACCAAAAAAGAGGCUGAUUGUCAGCAAACGCGCUGGAACGCAGUGCGCCAACUGCCACACAAGCACUACAACACUAUGGAGACGCAAUGCCAGCGGCGAGCCUGUGUGCAACGCCUGCGGCCUCUAUUUUAAACUGCACAACGUCAACAGACCCUUAACUAUGAAGAAGGAUGGCAUACAGACACGGAAUCGCAAGGUGUCUAACAGAAACAAGAAGGGCAAAAAGAGCGCAGUGUCAGAGGUUUACCCCGACAUGUCUCAUCUCGCACCUCCCGAUGAGCACGUUGGACCCUAUUCUCUGAACCCAGGACCUCUUCUGUCUUAUAGCCACACCCCUCAUUUAUUGCCCCCUUCCACCUUGCACUCCUCUCCCACUUUGCCCUACAGCCACCAUCCAAACUCUGGCAUGGUGCCCACACUUGUGUGAAGGAAAUGUGUACUGGACCGUGAGGCAUGAACGCAUCACAUCACAUUUUUAAAUUAAGAGAAAAUGUGUAAAAGCAACUCCAUAACAGUGGAAGUCUUGUCAGUGAUUUUGAACCAGUUAUGUAGUUUGAAUACUGGAACAGUAAAACUUGGUAGCUGAAACUAUCACCUAUAUCAUACGACAAAUGUAAAUAUUUAUGAUUUUAGGCCUUAUUGUAUGUGCUAUAAUCAUGCUAUUAUGACUUCUUUUGAGACGUUCAAUAAAUGUUUUGAGGUAUAACGAGA